GCCGCCGAAGAGACACGGGAAGCACACGGCCGGGCGCUCUCCCGCUCUCCCACGGCCCCCGCCUCAACACCCCGGCCCCCGGCGCCGGGAGAAGCGGGUGCUGCCGUGGCACCCCGGCCGGGGGUCCCGUCGGGAGCAGCUCGGGAGCGGGGGGUCCAUGCCAGGCGGAGCGGGAGCGCUGACGGUGCCUCUUCCCCUCCCCGAGGUGACAUGGAGCAGCUGAAGUGACCCGAGGAGCCCUCGCAGCGGUGCCCAGGAUGGGCUGCGUGCCCUGCAAGGAGAAAGGGGCUGGCAAAGGGCAGGGGGGGGGCGAGGGGGGCUUCUCCCUGCCCCCCCCCUCCCAGUACGACCCCGACCCCACCCAGCCCGGGGCCAACUUCACCUGCAUCCCCGACUUCAACAACUUCCAGGGGCCGGCGGUGCCCUCGGCCCCGUCCCUGGCGGGGCCGGGCGUGUUCAGCUCCAACACGCUGCAGAUGCGGAGCGGGGGCAUCGCAGGCGGGGGGGUGACGCUCUUCAUCGCCCUGUACGACUACGAGGCCCGCACGGAGGAUGACCUGACGUUCCAGAAAGGGGAGAAAUUCCACAUCAUCAACAACACGGAGGGGGACUGGUGGGAGGCCAGGUCGCUGAGCUCGGGCGCCACGGGCUACAUCCCCAGCAACUACGUGGCCCCUGUGGAUUCCAUCCAGGCAGAGGAGUGGUACUUCGGGAAGAUCGGGCGCAAGGACGCGGAGCGGCAGCUCCUGUGCCACGGCAACUGCAGGGGCACCUUCCUCAUCCGGGAGAGCGAGACCACCAAAGGGGCCUACUCGCUCUCCAUCCGGGACUGGGAUGAGGCCAAGGGAGACCACGUGAAGCACUAUAAGAUUCGGAAGCUGGACAGCGGGGGGUACUACAUCACCACCCGCGCCCAGUUCGACACCGUCCAGCAGCUGGUCCAGCACUAUAUAGAGCGGGCGGCCGGGCUGUGCUGCCGCCUGGCCGUGCCGUGCCACAAGGGCACCCCAAAGCUGGCUGACCUGUCGGUCAAAACCAAAGACGUGUGGGAGAUCCCCCGAGAGUCCCUCCAGCUCCUCAAGAAGCUGGGGAACGGGCAGUUUGGGGAAGUCUGGAUGGAGUAUAACGACGGGUUGUGCCAUCUGCUCACCCACCCGUGCCCCGCUAUGAAGCCCCAGACCCUGGGAUUAGCUAAGGACGCCUGGGAGAUAGCGCGGGAAUCCAUCACCCUGGACAAGAAACUCGGCAUGGGAUGUUUCGGAGACGUGUGGAUGGGCACAUGGAACGGCACCACGAAGGUGGCAGUGAAGACGCUGAAGCCGGGGACCAUGUCCCCCGAGGCCUUCCUGGAGGAGGCUCAGAUCAUGAAGCGGCUGCGGCACGACAAGCUGGUGCAGCUCUACGCCGUGGUGUCCGAGGAGCCCAUCUACAUCGUCACCGAGUUCAUGAGCCAGGGCAGCCUGCUGGAUUUCCUGAAGGAUGGGGAUGGUCGCUACCUGAAGCUGCCCCAGCUGGUGGACAUGGCAGCCCAGAUCGCGGCGGGCAUGGCGUACAUCGAGAGGAUGAACUACAUCCACCGGGACCUGCGCGCCGCCAACAUCCUGGUGGGGGACAACCUGGUGUGCAAGAUCGCUGACUUCGGCCUCGCCCGCCUCAUCGAGGACGACGAGUACACGGCACGGCAGGGUGCCAAGUUCCCCAUCAAGUGGACGGCUCCGGAGGCCGCGCUUUUCGGGAAGUUCACCAUCAAGUCGGACGUCUGGUCCUUCGGCAUCCUCCUGACGGAGCUGGUGACCAAAGGCCGGGUGCCCUACCCAGGGAUGAACAACAGGGAGGUGCUGGAGCAGGUGGAGCGGGGGUACCGCAUGCAGUGCCCGGGGAGCUGCCCCUCGUCCCUGCACGAGGUGAUGGUGCAGUGCUGGAAGCGGGAGCCCGAGGAACGCCCCACCUUCGAGUACCUCCAGUCCUUCCUCGAGGACUAUUUCACCGCCACCGAGCCCCAGUACCAGCCUGGGGACAACCAGUGACCCCCAGGAGGCUUUGGGGUGGCUUUUUUAGGGGCCUUUUUGCUCCCCUCUCCCCAAAACACCUGUUGGGGGUGCUCAGGGUGCCCCAGGGAGGACGUGGGGCUUUGCACAAGGAUGUUGGACUCAGAGAGGAGCCCCUCCCUUCCCCACCCCCCUUUGUUGCCUUCACACCCAGCUUUGAACUUGAGAAGGGCUUUGGCUGGGGGGGAGGAGUGUGGGGGACCCCCCUCUGUCCCCCCCCCCGACAAACCUAGAUUCACAGCAGCAGAGAGCUCGGGGGGGCUCUCCCCAUGCCAACCCCAAUCUCCUCUGGCAAUGCAUCUGGGGGGUUCAGCCCCCAAAAUCCUGGCACUGACCUGGGGAAGGCCACCUCAAUUCCCCCCCCCCACCCCGACCCCCACUUCUAUCUUCUUUAAUUUAUGAGAUUUUACAUCCCUCACCCCAGCAACCAUCGCCCCCCCCCCCCAAGGGAUCCUGAUAUUUGAGGGGAUUCCCUUGUCCCCCCCCUUUUUAUCCCCUCUGCUUAUAGUAGGGCCAACUCCUGAAAGCCAUAAACCUCUGCUUGCACUGGGGAGGGCACAGGGAGUCCUGAGGGGGUACCAGGAGUCCUGGGGGGAUGACAAGGGGUGCAGGCAGGGUGGGGGGCAGCUCUGCCCCAGGAGCUGUUCCCUGCCACCCCGUGGGGGGCAGGAGGGGGUUACGGGAUGGGGUCACCCCCCAUGGCACUCAUUGGGUCCUGAUGGUAGCUUGGCUCAACCCCCUGUGGCAUUGAGGGGGGGCUUUGGGGGUCAAUGUGAAUGUGAUGGCACUGCCAGCUGGUUCCUGGGGUCCCACUUUCCCCCUGGGCUCCCCCAUUCCUGAGGGGGGUCCCAGGCUUGGCCCCAUGGUCAGGAGCCCCCUGUGCACCCACAGGGCAGGGCUGUGGGUGAGCAGUGCCAUGGGGGGGGGGGAGGGGGAGGGAGGGAAGGGGAGGGAUUUGUUGUUUAUUUUUUUUAAUGAAGUCUGUAAAUAGAGAGAAAUAAAAGCUUUCUAACGA